AUGGCUGACGCCACCGCGCCAGAUUCUCCUACGGCGAACCAGGCGUUCGCCUCGAAAACUUCCGGCGGCAACAACGCUUAUCAUAACUUUCAUAAUGACUUUCUGCACAUUCAGGAUCCCAACGAGCGCCGCCGUCUCGCGCUUGCUGAGAUCGACAAGGCUCCCUUCGGAUGGUACCAUGUGAGGGCUUGCAUCGUCGCCGGUAUUGGUUUCUUCACGGAUUCGUACGACAUCUUUGCCGUCAGCUUGCUAAAUACUAUGCUGGGAAUCGUGUACUAUCCGCAGCUUGGUAAACUGCCUACCUCCUCCGAUAACGCUAUCAAGCUGUCGACGUCUGCCGGUACCGUCGUCGGUCAAUUGGUUUUCGGUUGGCUCGCGGACCGCGUCGGACGAAAGCGCAUGUAUGGUCUCGAGCUGAUUAUCAUCAUCUUCGCCACCCUCGGCCAGGCCCUUAGCUCCGGCUCUCCCUCGGUCAACAUUGUCGGUCUCAUCAUCUUCUGGCGCGUGCUCCUCGGAGUCGGAAUCGGUGGAGAUUACCCACUAUCCAGCAUCAUUACGUCCGAGUUUGCUACGACGAAAUGGCGAGGAGCUAUGAUGGGCGCCGUCUUUGCCAUGCAAGGUAUUGGCCAGCUCGUCUGCGCUUUUGUCAUGUUGUUCGUUACCCUGGGCUUCAGGGAGGCGCUAUCCGCCGCACCGGAUACCACCCACUGCAACGGCUACUGCGCUGUUGCGGUCGACAAAAUGUGGAGGACACUCAUCGGCUUCGGUGCUGUCCCGGCUUGCAUUGCUCUCUACUACAGAUUAACUAUACCCGAAACUCCUCGUUACACUUUCGAUAUCGGUCGCGACGUCGAAAAGGCCGCCGAUGAUGUUAAAGCCUACAUAUCCGGCAAGCGUGAAGGCCACCCUGACGACGUUGCUCGCAUACAAGCCCGUGAGGCUGCCCAGACCCAGAUGACCGUCCCGAAAGCUAGCUGGAGUGAUUUCUGCCGCCACUACUCCAUCCCCAAGAACGGUCUUCUUCUAUUUGGUACGGCUGGCUCAUGGUUUAUGCUUGAUGUUGCAUUCUACGGUCUAUCUUUGAACAAUGCCGUCAUUCUAGAAGUAAUCGGGUAUUCCACUAAACACGCCAAGAGCACCUACGAAAUCUUGUACAACACCGCCAUCGGCAACCUCAUCAUCGUCCUGGCCGGCGCCGUCCCGGGGUACUGGGUCUCGGUCGCGACGCUGGACACGCUGGGGCGCAAGACGAUCCAGAUGGGCGGGUUCAUCAUCCUCACGAUCCUGUUCGUGGUCAUGGGCUUCGCGUACAACCACAUAUCGAGCAACGGCCUCCUGGCCAUCUACGUGCUCGCGCAGUUCUUCUUCAACUUCGGGCCCAACAUGACGACCUUCAUCGUGCCCGGGGAGGUGUUCCCCACGCGCUACCGGUCGACCUCGCACGGCAUCUCGGCCGCGUCCGGGAAGGUCGGCUCGAUCAUCGGCCAGGGCGCCAUCUCCAUCCUGCGCACGCGCGGCGCCACCAAGGACAACGAGGCCCCCUGGAUGGACCACGUCCUCGAGAUCUACGCCCUGUUCAUGCUGCUCGGCAUCGUCACCACCAUCUUCAUCCCCGAGACCAAGCGGAAGACCCUCGAGGAGCUUUCGGGAGAGGACCAGUAUGCGCCGCCGCCGGUGUCGGGUGCGGAGGGGAGCAGUCAGACUAAGACCGCGGAGUCGCUAUAA